AUGGUAGAAAACACCAGUGGUCCUUGCGCCACUACAAACCAGCGGGCUGCCUGCGCUGCUGCUGCUGCCGCUGCAGCUGCGGCUCAUGUGACAGCAGCAGCAGCAGCCGCUGCUGCUGCUUCAGCUGUCGCCGCAACUGCUGAAAUGCUCGCUUCAGCACUAGCAGCGACGGCCGCCUCUGCCAACACGCAAGAAGCAGCAGCGGUGGAAAACGGAGAAGCAGGAACUCCAGUUGCUGCUUCUGCUGCUGCAGUGGUUGCGGGGGCAGCCGAAAUUAUGGAGAAGCAACAGCAUGCGGAGGCACCACAAUUUGAGCUGCUGCUCCCGCUCCUGCUGCAGCAGCUUCAGUGGCUUGUUCCACAGCACCAGCAGCUGUUGUUGCAGCAGACGCAGCAGGGAAAGGCUCAGCAGCAGCAGCUCCAGCCUCAAAAGCCACCACAUGCAGGGCAUGAAGAGCGCGAACGGGUUGAGCGCGCUCCCGUGCUGCAGCGAGAGGCGCAGCGGUGCAAGCAGGAGGAGGCGAAGCAGCAGCAGCAGCAAGCACGCUACUGUCUGUAUGUUCGAGGCAUCAGCCGCAGCAGCAGCGACGCGGCUUUGAAGUGUCUCUUUAGUUGCUUCGGCUUUAUGUCUUCCUUGGAGCGGAAGCACGGCUACUGUUUUGUAGUCUACGCCGAGCCUGCUGCUGGCGCCAUUGCUGCUGUUAGGGUCCCCUGUGCAGCAGCAGCAGCAGCAGCAGCAAUUCAAUACCUAGACGGGGCCAGCAGCGGCUGCAGGGGAGAGAAGCACCUGUCCGUGCACCUGGCCAAAGUGUCCUAUCCCUUGCCGCAACAGCUGCUGAGCUGCAGCAGCAGCAGCAGCAGUCCCAGAAGCGGCGGCAGCAGCAGCAGCAGCAGGUGCAGCUGCAAUCGCUGCAACGCGGCCCUUCCAUUUGACGAAGCAGCAGUAGAAAGCGCUGCCGCUGCUGCAUUUAUUGUCCCGCGCAGCAGCACAGAAAUGCCAGCCUCUGCAACAGCAGUAAGAGCAAUAGAAAGGCAAUCAACCGAAGCAGCAGCAACGGGAAACGAAGCACGAACAGCAACAGGAGCAGCAGCAGUAUCAACAACAACAAAUACCGCGUCUCUGCUACGGCACAUUUCGACCUUCCUUUCGCUGAUACACGGGCAGCAGAAGAAGCUUCCUUUUAUGAAAAUCGCGGCCCGUGGCAGGGGCUUCGCAGCAGCAAAGGAAUUGACAGAGUCCCUAGGUGUCGCUAUAGCUAUGCAAUCUGCUGUAAAGACGCUUUCAGUUUCUCUGAAUGAUGUCUCUGCGUUGGUCUUCAUUCCUGGCGACGGACAGCACCCCAGGACUGCUGCUGCUGUGUGUCUGCAAACGCCCCCCUCGUGGCGCUGCAUAUCGAUAGAUCCCCGCAUGCAGCAGCAGCAGCAACAAAACACGGGGCCUCCCGCCGCUGCUGGUGUUCCUGGAUGCCGUUUUGCGGGGGUUGUUGAAGAUCGCAUCUUUUGUUUCCAAGGGAGAGCUGAGGCAUUUUGCAUUCACUCACUUGACACCAUUUUGCAGCAGCAGCAGCAGAAGCUGCAGCCAGACGUAGUUGUACUGCUGGGGGUUCACUCGCACGCGCCGUUGCAACAGUUCUUUGAGCGGCUGCUGCAGCACUACGGAGAAACCGCCUCUCACUUUGUUGCUGUGUCUCUCCCCUGUUGUGGGUCUUGCGGUUUCCUAAAGGCCCCUCUAGUCUCUCGGUAUAGGGACCCGGGGAUUCUGUCACCCCAGAAUGAAGUUUACGUACACCACCUCCCGUCUCCUGCAGCUGCUGCUGCAGCUGCUUCCAGUGCAGCUGCUCGCGCAGCAGCUGCUGCAGCUACUGCAGAUGGGCGGGGCUAG